GCCCUCCACCUUCCUCCCCACCUCCAUAAAUUGACGCCAUUAUUCGAAAGCCGAAACCUUACAUCCACUUUGCCUAAACCAACAACAAUCAAUUCAAAAACCAACAUCAAUGGCGACACGACCCUUUGCUUUCUUUCUAUUCUUCCUGUUUUCAAUCAUCACCCUCACCGUUUACAUCCUCACCGCCCACAUUUACGAUCACCAACCUUUUCUACGUUCUUUCCCAAAUUCCCUAUCCCUCAAACCCGAAGACAAAAUCUGGCCCGAAUUUGAGUUUAAUUGGAGACUUUUGUUAGCAACGGUUAUCGGGUUCUUCGGGUCUGCAUUUGGAACAGUUGGAGGUGUUGGUGGUGGUGGCAUUUUUGUUCCGAUGCUUACGUUGAUCGUUGGUUUCGAUACAAAGUCUGCUGCUGCUCUUUCUAAGUGUAUGAUAAUGGGGGCAUCAGCAUCAUCAGUUUGGUACAAUUUAAGAGUGCAACAUCCAUGCAGAGAAGUGCCAAUUCUUGAUUAUGAUUUAGCACUCCUGUUUCAGCCUAUGCUUAUGCUUGGAAUCACUCUUGGUGUGGCUCUUAGUGUUGUUUUCCCUUACUGGCUUAUCACUGUUCUCACCAUUCUUCUUUUCUCAGGGACAUCCAUAAGGUCUUUCUUCAAGGCUAUUGAAAUGUGGAAGGAAGAGACAAAAGUGAAGAAAGAAAUGGAAAGACCACGAGCAUUCGUCAGUUCUCGGGGGGAAUUGCUAAUCGACACACACGAGCCACUGAUUCUUAAAGAAGAGAAAACGCCAAUGCAAAUUUUUCUGUUCAAUUUACGUUGGAAGAUGCUUACGGCACUAAUAGUUGUAUGGAUCGCCUUUCUAGUUCUUCAGAUCAUGAAGAAUGGAUUAAUAGCAUGCAGUACAUCAUAUUGGGUAGUCACCAUAAUACAGUUCCCAGUAGCACUAGCUGCAUUUGGGUAUGAAUGCGUUAAGUUGUACAAAGAAAGCAAAAAAAGAAGAGACACUGGGAACCCUGAAUCAGUUUGUGAGGCUGCAAUUGACUGGACUGCGCCCCAACUUAUGUUCUGUGCAUUUUGUGGGGUCUUGGGUGGGACCGUUGGUGGCCUGUUGGGGUCGGGUGGUGGGUUCAUUCUUGGACCUCUCUUACUCGAGAUCGGGGUCAUGCCACAGGUUGCAAGUGCAACAGCUACAUUUGUGAUGAUGUUUUCAUCAUCGUUAUCAGUGGUCGAGUUUUACCUUCUAAAGCGGUUCCCAAUUCCCCAUGCUUUAUACCUGAUGGCGGUAUCCAUUAUGGCCGGCUUCUGGGGUCAAUUUUUCAUAAGAAGACUUGUUGCAUUUCUACAGAGAGCUUCACUUAUAGUAUUCAUUCUUUCAGCAGUCAUCUUUGCCAGUGCUCUUACAAUGGGGGUCAUUGGUGUGGACAAAAGCAUCAGGAUGAUCAAUAACCAUGAGUUCAUGGGAUUUCUUGAGUUUUGCCGCAGUCAAUAGGUUUAGAAUACAUGUCAAAACAAGCGGGAAAUUAGGGCAGAGUGAUGGAACAUGGUGUUCCAUGUAAAAGAAUGUAGCUGGUUUCUGUUUCUAUCAUGGUUAGAUAGGAUAGUUUUGUUUUUAGAUAGCUUCGAUAUCUAGAACCGACUUCUUAUUAGGUUUAAUGGUUAGAGUUUAGGGUUCCAAGUUCGGCUCUUUAGCCAUCGUCAAGAAACCGAAUAGAAUCUUUUAUGUGCUUGAAAAGGGUUGAUGCAUGUUAUGGUAAUGGACUUAUCAGUUUCCUCUAAAA